AUACCACCUCGCGCGUCAGCACCUUUGAGGCUCUUCUGUGUUCUGCCGACAUUGUGUUGCAUCUCCUUGUACUUGGUGCCCGUUCGAAUCUGCAGCGUGGCUACUUGAUCUCUUCUGUUCUGCAAUUUAUGUAUUUUUUGAGAUCCGCUCCCUUCGAAUCCCUGCCGUAAGGCUCGCUCAGCUCCACCACUACUUCGAUAUAACUUCAAGUCCUCCGUCCAGCAGGGAUGCCUGCAAAAUCCAGGUUUACAAGGCUGGAUGCCUUCACGAAAACGGUCGAUGAGGCAAGAGUACGCACAACAUCAGGAGGAAUUGUUACGAUAGCUUCACUGCUUAUCGUUCUGUUCCUCGCAUGGGGAGAAUGGGCGGAUUAUCGACGGAUAGUGGUACAUCCGGAGUUGGUAGUAGACAAGGGACGAGGAGAGCAGAUGGAAAUUCAUCUGAACAUCACUUUCCCCCGGAUCCCUUGCGAGCUCUUGACACUCGAUGUGAUGGAUGUCUCCGGCGAGCAGCAGACUGGUGUCAUGCAUGGAAUCAAUAAAGUCAGGCUUGCACCCGCUGAUGAGGGCGGAAGAGUCAUUGAUAUUAAGGCUCUGGACUUGCACGCCGAUGAUCAAGCAGCACACCUUGACCCUGAUUACUGCGGUGGCUGUUACGGUGCAACACCACCUCCGAACGCACAAAAACCGGGAUGCUGCAAUACCUGUGACGAAGUUCGAGAAGCGUAUGCCAGUGUGUCCUGGGCCUUCGGACGAGGCGAGAAUGUAGAGCAAUGCGAGCGUGAACACUAUGCAGAACGAUUGGAUUCUCAACGAAAGGAGGGCUGCCGUAUUGAGGGGGGUCUGCGAGUUAACAAGGUUAUUGGAAAUUUCCAUAUCGCCCCUGGAAGGAGUUUCAGCAACGGGAAUAUGCAUGUCCACGAUCUUAACAACUUCUUCGAUACUCCUGUCCCAGGCGGUCAUGUUUUCACGCACCACAUCCACUCUCUCCGCUUUGGACCACAGCUUCCAGAUGAUGUUAUCGCGAAGACGGGCUCUAAGUCGCUUCCCUGGACAAACCAUCAUUUGAACCCCCUGGAUAACACAGAGCAAGUUGCACCCGAACCGGCUUACAAUUUCAUGUACUUUGUUAAGGUUGUCUCGACUUCAUACCUUCCACUAGGCUGGGAGAAGAAUACUGGCAGCAGUUCAGGAAGCAACAACGUUGGCCUUGGAUCCUAUGGGCACCAAGAUGAUGGCAGCGUUGAGACACAUCAGUACUCAGUCACCAGUCAUCGUAGGAGUCUGGCCGGCGGUGAUGAUUCUGCUGAAGGUCACAAGGAGAAAUUGCAUGCUCGUGGUGGUAUCCCGGGGGUCUUCUUCUCAUACGAUAUCUCACCAAUGAAAGUCAUCAACCGCGAAGAGAGAUCGAAGUCCCUUUCAGGAUUUCUCACCGGACUCUGUGCCAUCGUGGGCGGUACCCUGACCGUGGCCGCAGCAGUUGAUCGUGGAUUAUACGAGGGACACACGAGGCUGAAGAAGCUGCAAUCAAAAAAUCUGUGAUGGGGGCAUGUUAUGUAUAUGGGUGGCUGGCACGGAAUGGAGUUUAGAGGGCUUGAAUAUAUAGGGUGAAUACCAAAAUUGAACGAUUACCAUGAUUUCGAAGGGGGGGUAUCACACGUGAUCAAGAAGCGGGAGUCAGCUGGGUUCUUGGGAAAAGGGGGGG